CUGGCACGGUCACAGCUGGGGGUCUCGGCGCGACGACGCCCUCACCUGCCCGCCCCUCCCGGACUCAGCCAGGACUUAGACGACCAAAGGGGAGCCCGAGACGUCUUCAUUGCUGUCGCCGUCACCGCUGCAGCAAGGUCUCCCCGGCUCCGCAGAGACACCGGCUUGCCUCAACUUUCCCCAGCGCCCGGACCUCCGAGACGGCACCUGACACCCUGUACCCGCAUCAGGAGCAAGAUAACUUCGUAUCCGAGGGCUCGGGACCCGUGGCCAUCGAGGUUGUGGGAACCCAGGAUAAUGGGAACCGGAGUCCCCGCCUCGGAACAGGUCACCUGUGCCAAAGGGGGCCCGCAGGAUUUUUGCCCUGAAGAUACUGGAGACACUGAGGCUGUGCAGGUUACAGAUUGCAAGAGCCCUGAGGACCAUCAACCCCAACAUGAGCGGGACUGCUGCAAUCCAGAGGACUCUGGGCGGCUGAUGGCUUCCUAUGAGGGGAAAGCUAGGGGCUAUCAGGUGCCUCCCUUUGGCUGGCGCAUCUGCCUGGCUCAUGAAUUUGUGGAGAAGCGGAAACCCUUUCAAGCUAACAAUAUCUCCCUAAGCAACCUGGUAAAACAUUUGGGCAUGGGCUUGAGGUACUUGCAGUGGUGGUACAGGAAGACUCAGGUGGAAAAGAAGACACCUUUCAUUGACAUGAUCAAUUGCGUACCACUGAGACAGAUCUAUGGUUGUCCCUUGGGUGGCAUUGGGGGAGGCACUAUCACCCGUGGCUGGCGAGGCCAAUUUUGUCGUUGGCAGCUUAACCCUGGAAUGUACCAGCACCGGACAGUCAUUGCUGACCAAUUCACAGUGUGCUUGCGGCGGGAAGGGCAGACCGUCUAUCAGCAGGUCCUGUCCCUGGACCACCCAAGUGUCCUGCGCAGCUGGAACUGGGGCCUGUGUGGGUACUUUGCCUUCUACCAUGCCCUCUAUCCCCGAGCCUGGACUGUCUACCAGCUUCCAGGCCAGAAUGUCACCCUCACCUGCCGCCAGAUCACGCCCAUCUUGCCUCACGACUACCAGGACAGCAGCCUGCCUGUAGGAGUCUUUGUGUGGGAUGUAGAAAAUGAAGGGGACGAAGCUCUGGACGUAUCCAUCAUGUUCUCCAUGAGAAAUGGACUUGGGGGUGAAGAUGACGCCCCAGGGGGUUUAUGGAAUGAGCCGUUCUGUCUGGAGCGUGAUGGAGAGACCGUACAGGGGCUACUGCUGCAUCACCCGACCCUUCCAAAUCCUUACACGAUGGCUGUGGCUGCACGACUCACGGCAAAUACCAUAGUAACUCACAUCACAGCCUUUGACCCUGAUGGCACUGGGCAGCAGGUGUGGCAAGAUCUACUUCAGGAUGGACAGCUGGACUCCCCUGCUGGCCGAAGUACCCCCUCACAGAAAGGAGUAGGUAUUGCCGGUGCUGUGUGCAUUUCAGGCAAGCUGCCACCUCGAGGCCAGUGCUGCCUGGAGUUUUCACUGGCUUGGGACAUGCCCAAGAUUGUGUUUGGUGCUAAGGGCCAAGUCCACUACAGGCGGUACACAAGGUUCUUUAGUCCAGAUGGCGAUGCUGCACCAGCCCUUAGCCACUACGCACUGUGCCGAUAUGCAGACUGGGAGGAGAGGAUCUCGGCUUGGCAGAGCCCCAUACUGGACGACAGAUCCUUGCCUGCCUGGUACAAGUCUGCACUGUUCAAUGAACUGUAUUUCCUGGCCGACGGAGGCACGGUCUGGCUGGAAGUUCCUGAGGACUCCCUACCAGAAGAGCUGGGAGGAGGCAUGCAUCAGCUCCGCCCCAUCCUGCGGGACUACGGUCGAUUUGGCUACCUCGAGGGCCAGGAGUAUCGCAUGUACAACACAUAUGAUGUCCACUUUUAUGCAUCCUUUGCCCUCGUCAUGCUCUGGCCCAAACUCGAGCUGAGCCUACAGUAUGACAUGGCACUGGCCACUCUGAGGGAGGACCUGACACGGCGACGGUACCUGAUGAGUGGGGUAAUAGCACCUGUGAAAAGAAGAAACGUCAUUCCCCAUGAUAUCGGGGACCCAGAUGAUGAGCCUUGGCUCCGGGUCAAUGCAUACUUGAUCCAUGAUACUGCUGACUGGAAGGACCUGAACCUGAAGUUUGUGCUGCAGGUGUAUCGGGACUAUUACCUGACAGGCGACCAAGGCUUCCUUAAGGACAUGUGGCCCGUAUGCCUAGCUGUGAUGGAGUCUGAAAUGAAGUUUGACAAGGACCAUGAUGGACUCAUUGAGAAUGGAGGCUAUGCAGACCAGACCUAUGAUGGAUGGGUCACUACAGGCCCCAGUGCUUACUGUGGAGGGCUGUGGCUGGCAGCUGUGGCAGUGAUGGUCCAGAUGGCUGCUCUGUGUGGGGCACAGGACGUCCAGGAGAAGUUUACUUCCAUUCUCACCCGGGGCCAAGAAGCCUAUGAGAGACUGCUGUGGAAUGGCCGCUAUUAUAACUAUGAUAGCAGCUCUCAGCCUCAGUCUCGUAGUAUUAUGUCUGACCAGUGUGCUGGACAGUGGUUCCUGAAGGCCUGUGGCCUAGGAGAAGGAGACACUGAGGUGUUUCCUACCCCACAUGUGGUCCGUGCACUCCAAACUAUCUUCGAGUUCAAUGUCCAGGCCUUUGCAGGAGGGGCCAUGGGAGCUGUGAAUGGGAUGCAGCCCCAUGGCGUCCCUGACAGAUCCAGUGUGCAGUCUGAUGAAGUGUGGGUGGGUGUGGUGUACGGGCUGGCUGCCACCAUGAUCCAAGAGGGCCUGACCUGGGAGGGCUUCCGGACAGCUGAAGGCUGCUACCGGACUGUGUGGGAGCGCCUGGGCCUAGCCUUCCAGACCCCGGAGGCAUACUGCCAGCAGCGGGUGUUCCGUUCACUGGCUUACAUGCGGCCACUGAGCAUCUGGGCCAUGCAGCUGGCCCUGCAACAGCAGCAGCAGAAAAAGGCCUCCAGGCCAGUAGCUGAACAGGACAUAGGACUUAUCACAGGGCCUGUGUUUGGACUGAAGGAAGGCAUGGCAAACCUGAGCCCAGAGUAAGCCCUCUGAACUGUGGAAAUGAGGCGCUAACAGCCCAGCCUCCAGCCUGCCCUUUGCUCCCCCGACAUCUGAACAAACCUCCUGCAGCCCUGAGCCACCAGGACAAUCAUACCCCUUCCCUUUUCCCCAGCUGUGCCAGUAAACAAGGGAUGAGGACCA